AUGGCGAGCAAACUCCUGCCGCCCUCUGUUUUCUCUCAACUCGAGUUGGCAACUGGGCAACUGCACGAACAAAGAGCGCCGCUGAUAAUCGAAACGCUUACAGCGCAUGGCAUAGACGUUCCUCAGGCUCUGGAAUUAGAUGGAAAGAGCUUCUACAACUUCGCGGACCUCUUUAGCUGUAUCAAAAUGACACCAGAAACUGCGAGUGUAUUCUGGGAUGCUGGAUUCCACGAUAUCGACACGCCUGAUAGGAAUGGGUUAACUCCGUUCCUACAAAGUUGGUUUUCCGCCAACUUUGAAAUGGUAGAUUGGUUCGCACAAAGAGGAAUAUCUGUGAGAUCAGAGCACGAGUCUGCCUCAUUGACGGCUCUUCACUUCUAUGCCGCAAGAUUGCGUUUUCCCGGCGAUGGUUUCGCCCGUGACAUCGAUGCAGUGCCUACAAGUGAGCACUACAUGGACAUGGUACAAAAGGAAUUGGGUAUACCAUACGACGAUUGCCGAUGCGCAUGCUCUCCUGAAGGCUGUGCGCCUAUCAAAUUCUUGUUCGAAGAAUUUUACGAAGAUGACAAUCCCAAGCCGAGAAUCAAGAAGUGGUUCGAAAGUGUCAGACCAUCCCAAGCUCUGGAGUCACAGUACGUACAUGAUCUCACACGAUAUCUGCUGUUCAAAUUCCUGGGUGGUGAGCAUACUUGCUGCCAUCUUGGACAAGAGGGUUCCGUAGAAUACACGAAACUUCGAAUAAAGCCAUCUAUGAACAGAUGGAGCGCACGGACCCAGAGAAAUAUAGAAAAGUUUGAUGAGCAUUGUAGGCUCUGCGAGAACGACAUACCGACACCCCAGCGGGACUGUCUACAAGCUUUGCAAGACCUGGACAUUUUCAAAGAGACUUUGGACUCUGCAAUGUCGCAUUACGAUGAGAUGGAUCGGCCUGAUACUAUGCCACUCGAGGAACAGGCAUUUAAGUAUAUCAACUGGCUUCUGAUAGAAGGACAUUUGGAUAUCGACGUGAGCUACGAGUGUGAGCACUGGAGACGCUGGUAG